ACGGACUCCAGUAUCAUUUCAGACCACAUCCCUUCAGUGCACCUCAUUCUGUAAUCCAGCAUCGUAAAGGAUUUACUUCACAACGCUGUGUUCAUGAAUUGUGACCGAUACAGUGCUGAUUAAGGUUGGUGUGGAAUUUUGUAACAAAGGAUUCCUGUGUGUCCUGGAAUAUAUCAACUUAAAAUGGGGAACUGUUGAGAACUGACAGGUCAGUUUGGAGCCAUACUGCACGUGGAUGCCUCCGACCCUCGCUGGAUGAUUCCAUCUCUGUGAUGAAAGGCUUAUCCAGUAGCCGUAGCCACCAUCACAUGGUGGCCUGCGACCCCACUUUUGACUCCAUGGGUCACCACUUGGACCACAAGCCCUACCUCAUUAGCCAAAUCGACAACCCCCACCCGACCGACCACUCAUACUACAACCAGAGAAGCCCCUACCAGCCUGACUGCGUGGUGCCUUACGGGACCUUUCCCCGCCGACAUUACAACUCUCAGCACGAACUGAAAGAUGAGACCGCUGUGGUUCCCUAUACUGGGGGAGGUGUCCAAGCCAACAAGGGCCAAUGCGUCCCCGUCCCCCUGUUGGAUCACUACGACCGGCAACUCCCAGUGCCUCGGGACGGCUAUCACACGCUACAGUACAAGCGUGCCGCCGCAGCCUUGGAGCAACGGAGCGACAGUCCCGGCCGAAUCCGGCACCUGGUGCACUCCGUUCAGAAGCUCUUCACCAAGUCCCACUCGCUAGAAGGCCCUCACCACGCUCAUGCCCACGGCAAGGGCAGCAUGAACGGAGGCAAGGCCAGCCCCGACGGAGAGCCUCCCGCCAUUCGGCACCGCAAGCGCAGCAAGAGCAGGGAGCGGUGCAAGUCUGCCGAGCCCAAGAAUCGGACGCCGCCAUCCGGCUACUGGAGCUCCGAUGAAUUGGAACGUGAGGCCUGCCUGUUCCACCACGGACCACCCGGCAUCAUGACCAUGGGACGUCACCCGGAUAAGUCCCAGUCGCAGUACUUCCUGGAGUCCUACAACACCAUCAAUGACCAGGCGCUUAAAAACUCCCGCAGCAGCAACGAUAUAGGAAAGUGCUCGACGUGCAUGCCGCUGAGCGUGGACGCUACACAGCUCGUGAAGAAGAGCUCGUGGUCGUCCUCUCUCACGGUGAGCAGAGCACGUCAAGUCUACCAGAAGGCCUCGGUAAAUGUAGAUAAGGCUCUAGUGAAAGCAGAGGCUUGUCAGCAGGAGCGCUCAUGCCAAUUCUUGCAGGUCCCUCAAGAUGAGUGGGGGGGAUUUCCGAUGGGGAAGGAGGAGGAUAUCCCGUGCAGACGCAUGCGCAGCGGCAGCUACGUGAAAGCCAUGGCAGAAGACGACAGCGGAGACUCAGACGGCAGCCCUAAACCCUCACCUAAGAUGCAGGCACGACGAGCCAGCUACCUCAAGGCCACCCAGCCAUCACUGACGGAGAUGACCACUUUAAAGAUCUCCCAAGAGCACUCUCCAAAGCUGCAGAUCCGGAGUCACAGCUACUUGCGGGCGGUGAGUGAAGUUUCCAUCAAUAGGAGCCUGGACACACUGGACCCUAAAGCUCUGCUAGCCUCUCCCGAAUACCGCUCGCGCAACGAGAGCUACAUGAGGGCUAUGAGCACCAUCAGCCAGGUGAGUGAGGUGGAGGUUAAUGGGCAGAUCGAGGCCGUGUGCGAGAGCGUGUUCCGUGAAAUGGAGUCGCAGGCAGUGGACGCCCUGGACCUGCCCGUGCCCGGGUGCUUCCGCAUGAGGAGUCACAGUUACGUGCGUGCCAUAGACCAAGGCUGUUCGCAGGAUGACGAAGGACCGUUGCUACCAGCCUCACCGCCACGGACUACAACUACUGUCAGAACAAUACAGAGCAGCACAGUAUCAUCAUGUAUCACAACCUACAAAAAGACUCCUCCGCCAGUACCUCCUCGCACCUCCACCAAACCCUUCAUCUCCAUUACAGCCCAGAGCAGCACAGAGUCAGCGCAGGAUGCUUACAUGGAUGGUCCCGGUACACGGGGCGAGCCAGCCCUCCACUCUGGUCUGAGCAAUUCAACUGAGAGCAUUGACAGCAUGAAAGCCCUGACGGCAGCCAUUGAGGCAGCCAAUGCUCAGAUCCACGGUCCUGCCAGUCAGCAUGUCAGUAACAGCACGGUCACCAUCAGCACUAGUCCCUCCUCUCCGCUGCCUAUGCCUCUGCCCGUACCCAUACCCAUACCAGCUGUUGAAGAUCUCCGCAGGGAUGUGCUCAGGAAGAGCAGGUGCCUUUCUAUUGGCAUCCAGGUGGAUGGGCCUGAGGAUGAGGAAGAGGACCCAUCAAAGUUUCAGUCAGUUGGGGUUCAGGUUGAAGAGGAACAUGGUCACCGUCGGUUCACACGUUCUAACAGCGUGACGGCGGCAGUGCAGGCCGAUCUGGACACGCCAGACUACACACCAGCCGACUCCCCUGUCACAGAUUUCCCCUCUUCCGGCUGCAUGUCACGGCAAUACUCGCGUGACGCCGCCACCUCCACCGUCAGCAUACAGGGCUCAGGGAAUCACUACCACGCCUGCACCUCCGACGACUAUGAAGAUGUCGGCUUUGACCCCUCCAUCCUGCCCCCGCCUGAUCCGUGGAUUGACAGCGUAACGGAAGAUCACCUGGAGAUCGUGGGCCGUUCGGUUUGUCAGCGUGAUGGCCGCUGGUUCCUCAAGCUUCUGCAGGCAGAAACAGAGCGCAUGGAGGGCUGGUGCAGGCAGAUGGAGCAAGAUGAAAAGGAAAACAAGCUACCUGAUGAGAUCCUUGGGAAGAUCCGCAGUGCAGUUGGAAGUGCACAGCUGCUUAUGUCCCAGAAAUUCCAGCAGUUUAGGGAGCUGUGUGAAGAAAAUCUUCAGAACCCCAACGCUCACCCGAGGCCAGUGGCUCAAGAUCUAGCAGGAUUCUGGGAUAUGCUCCAGCUCUCCAUUGAGAAUAUCAGCCUGAAGUUUGAUGAGCUGCACCAGCUCAAAGCCAACAACUGGAGACCCCUCGAUCCUCCAGAGAGAAAGGAGAGAAGGCUGCCUCCCCCAGUGCCAAAGAAACCCCCGAAAGGCCACCCUCCGCUGGCCAGGGACCGCUCGCUGGAAAGCACCGAGAAGCAGCGGCAGGAGGCUCGCAAACGCUUGAUGGCAGCCAAGCGAGCCGCUUCUGUGCGGCAGAACUCGGCCACAGAGAGCGCAGACAGCAUCGAGAUCUAUAUACCCGAAGCCCAGACCAGACUAUAAAACUGCCAGACGUACAAAAAUUCUGAAUGCUAUUGUGAGCACAACGCAUCUCAUUGAUAUCUACAGUAUUCGCCCAACCCUACAAUCACCAUAUUAGGAGCAUCAUACACCAGCACCAUGAUAGCACAGUAGUAGUAAUUUGAACAAAAAUGACAUCCUACGUUAUUAGAUCAUUCCCACUCUUAGUCACUUUAUAUACAGUUUUUUCCUCCUGCAUUUGUAAACACACAUAAACAUAGAAAAUAUAUAUACACACACUACAUGCACAUGUGUAUACUGACCUCUAAUAGAGCCAUUGGUUGACCUCUGUCCACCGUGUACAUAAACAUGUUUAAAGACACACACACACAUGAAAACAAAUGCGUAUUCGCUCUGAAUGACAUGGACUGGGUGUUUGUAAUAUAAUCAAAUGAUUUUCCCCUAAGGGUUAAAGGGGCGUUAUAACAGGUGUAAUGUUUGACUUCACCACAGUCUUUCUCAUUUGUCUCUUUUUCUUCUCUCUCUCUCACACACUGUCUUAAUCUGACAAUUUGAAGUGAUCAUAGUGAAUUAUGUUCCUAGCCAUGUGAAGUAGGUACUCUUCGGUAGAAAACGCUCUGUCAGUCCUUCUCAGUAGUGCCAUCUAGCAAACACUGUAUCCUGUUGGCAGUAUAAUUAUUAUUAUUGUUGGUUUUUUUUUUUAGGUUUAUUUCUUCAUAAUUGGGAAAGUAUUACCACCUUACAGGGUAUUUGAAGCUAAAAGCAAUACGCAUUUAAAAUGAUUUUUAAUGCAAAUUCAUUUCGAAUGAAAAGAUGCCUUCAUUAUCCUGUAGCCUGUUAUGUUCAGCUUAGUAGUGUAAACUCUUAUCGAUGGCCACUCUUAUUUUAAAAACUCUACUCAUAUGUGGCACAUUAUAUUCUUUAGUGCAUAAUAUACAAAUAAACCUACUUACCAAUUUUUAUAACACAGAAUUGGGGCCUUUUGUGGAUUUUUACGCUGACAAGUUGUGGAAUGAGGUGACACUAAAAGGGGGAAUUGUAAUCAAAUGCAAGCUUUUCAUCGUUGAUCACAAGAUUAUGUCUUUCCAGUAGCAAUUUCAGUGACUUAAUUUAAUGUGUUUAAAUACUGUGUUGGGGCACAGGGGGAGGUUUGUUUUGUUUUACUUAUUUAUUUAUUUAUUGCUGGGUUGUGACUCUGAGAGGACCAUUUGACUCCGCCUGGUCGAUGGUGUCAGGUGAGCUAGCGUUAAACUCUCAGGAAAAGACAGAGAUGUAGUGAGUGCAGCAAAAUCAGGGUCUCCCAGUGGGUGAUGUUUUAUGCGUGUUUUAAAGAAUGUAUGUAUUGGUGAAUAGGUAUGCGUGGUUCGUGUGUAUGUGAGUCUGUUUGCAUACUGUAUGUGUGUGAGUCUAUAGAAGUGCUUCCUAAUUUCAUUGGUUAACACACUUUUUUUGGAAGAAGUUUAGUAGCCUCAUGAACUCGUGUACAGUAUCAAAGCCCCUCGUUCUUCAUUUUAAUCUAUAUUGUUUGUACAAAACAACAUGGAUGAGGAUGUUCCUGUUAGCAUGCAGACACAAUAUGAGUCCUAUAGAUAUAUAUAUUUGAUUUAUAUUAUUUAUUUAUUUAUUUAUUUAUUUGUCUUACUAUUUGGGAUUUAUUUUAUACAGUUUUGAUUCUGUUUAGUGAUCUGUCAUGCCACCCUCAUAAUUGUGAAUAUGUUGUACUGUAUGUAUAAACAAUAUAUGUGCAUACAUACGAUGAACAAAGAAUAAAUUCCUGAAACUUU